AUGAAUGGCAUUGUGACCAUCCGUGCAUUUGGCUGGUUCCAGUCAUAUAAGGAGAAGUAUUUUGAGUUGCUUGAUGACUGCCAGAAGCCGUUCUAUCUGCUGCUCUGUAUUCAAAGAUGGUUGUCAUUGGUCCUUGGUCUGACUGUCGCAGGAAUGGCAACAGUACUCACUGGUAUUGCCGUUGCCAUUCGAGGCACCAACGUCAGCGCCGGCUUCAUUGGUAUCGCUCUGGUGAACAUGAUGACCCUGAGUCAAACUCUGGCGUCGCUACUCAUGUUCUGGACAUCCCUCGAGACUUCCCUCGGUGCAGGUUCUCGUGUCAGGACGUUUACUGAGGAUACUACAGUUGAAGAUGAACCCAAGGAGCCUGUGCCUGAAGCAUGGCCCCAAUCUGGCGUCGUCAAGUUCGAUAACGUUACAACAUGCUACUCGGAUUUUCCUGCCCUUCGAAAUCUUUCCAUUGAAAUUUAG